AUCCGCGUGGCCAAAAACUUGAAGAGUCAAAAGUGAGAUUGAAUGAUUAUGGUGCAUUUGACAUAAAAUUUAAAUUACCUGAUAAUGUUAACUUAGGUGAUGGCUCUAUUUAUUUCAAUUUACCAGAUUUAGCAACUAAUACAACACAUUAUUUUAAAGUUCAAGAGUUUCGAAAACCAGAAUAUGAAGUUUCAUCAAUGCAUCGACCAACAACACCACAUUAUUGUCAUUCAACAACUGAUGAAUAUGUUAUAGUUACUUGUGAAGGAAAAUUGUUUGCUGGUGGUUAUUUAAAUGAUGCAAAUGUUCAAUGGACAGUUGAACCUGAAACAACACAAUUUAGACCACCAGAACGAUCUGACUAUACAUUUGGCAGAGCUGAGCAAUUCUUUUGGCGAUAUCGUUAUAAUAAUUCUUCUCAGACUCAGAAUAAAAUAUCAUAUCCAGCAAAAACUUUUCAGGGUAAAACAAACAACAAAGGUCUACAUGAAAUUAAAAUCAAUUAUCAUGGUAUUGAACAAGAGCCCAGAACAACAGUUGUUCGUGCAUUAGCAGCCAUUACUGACUUAAAUUAUCAAACACAAGAAACACAAACAGAGUUUAUCAUACAUCCAUGUACAUAUUAUGUUGGAUUUAAAUUAAUAUCAAAUUAUGGCAAGAAAGAUAAAUCUGUCCAAACAAAAGUCAUUGUAACAGAUAUUGAUGGAAAUUUAAUUGAUAAUGUUUUGAUUGAGUGUAAGGUAAUUGGAAAUGGUAAUGAAAAAAAAGAAGAUGAGAAUGGUUUAAUAGUAUUUGAACAAGUGAAAGAUGACCAAACAUUAACAAUUGUUAGUUCAAAUAAAGAUCCAGUUAGUAUUGAUUUCACACCAAAAUUAGGUAAAAUAUUUGUUUUGUGA